UGUGCUGUUCUGUACACUGGAAGGAGAGGCUUCCGUCUGCUAUUAAUUAACAGGUUGUUAGUAGAGAUCCCAAACUCAAGAUCGCAACAAUGGUUGAGCAGUUCGUCGGAACCUGGAAGAUGACCUCCAGUGAGAACUUUGAUGAACUUAUGAAGGCAUUUGGCAUGGGAGCAUCUCAGCUACAAAUGGCAAACCAGAACAGACCCAAAUUCACGCUGAGCAUGGACGAUCAGGGCAUGAUUUCCAUGAAGUCUCUGAACAUCUUCGGAACCCCUGAAAUCCAGUUUAAGCUGAAUGAACCUUUUGUUCAGAAAACCAUCAACAACAAGGAGACAAUGACUGUGGUAACUUUGGAAAAUGGAAAGCUUAUUCAGAAGCACAGCGGCGAUGGUGGAGACUUUAUCAUCGAGCGUGAGAUCUCAGAUGGGCAAUUGAUUGCGAGAUCCAAAAGGGGAAAUGUGGAGGCAGUGAGGACCUUUGAAAAAGAGGCAUGAACGUAAUCCAUCAUGAAAAGCACAGCUUGGUUUAUCUGUCUAAUUCCAGAUUGAUAUUGGGUUUUGUAUGGAACGGCUGUAGCAAUGAUUAAAUAAAAAUAAUGUUGCAACAUA